AUGCACGCGGCGCACAUGGCAGCUGCUGCAGACACGCCCGUCCACACCGCCGCCGCCGCCGCCGCCGCCGCCGCCCCCGACGCCGCCGCCUCCGACGCGUCGCACGCACCCAACGGCGGGCCGCGCACCGACGCCGGCUGGCCCCGCUACUGCGCACGCGCCCCCAGGGCUGUCCACAAUGCCGCCGACAUGCUCUCGCUAGGGGCCAGCCCAGCCGGCUGCGCUGCGCCAGUUUCUGGCGCGCCGGUCACACGCGGCGCCUCCGCUGUUUUUCACGCACAGAGAGCGCGGGUCGUGCGGACGGACGCACUGCGCGCAAACAGCCACCCCGCCCCGCCCGCUGAUUGUACAAACAGCGCCGCCUCAAUGGAAUUAUUCGCGCCGCCAACUCUGCCAAGGGAGGAGGACUCCGGCCGGACUGCCGGCCUGGACUGGACUGGACUGGACUGGACAGAGCCGAACACAGCAGAGCCCAACUGCGCUGGACGGGCGUGA